CACCCUACAUAGCCCUCCACCGCCCACCGCCCACCGCCCGCCGCCCGCCGCCGCCGAUGCCAUCCCCUCCUUUGCCCAAGCUCGUGUGCCUCCCCCUCCUCCUCGCGCUCGCCCUCGCCGCGACGCUGCUGUACGCCGCCGGGCUCCACGCGACACUCGCGCGCGUGCGCCCCGCGCCGAACCCUGCCACCAUGCGCGACGGCCAGACGACCCUCGCGCUCCGCCUCGCCAAGCAGCUCGCGCCUGCAAGCGGCAACACCACCACCGCCACCACCAAGGGCAACGUCGCCUUCUCCCCGGUGUCCAUCCACGCGGCGCUGUCGCUCGUGGCCGCGGGGGCGCGCGGCGCCACGCUCGACCAGCUGCUCGCCUUCCUCGGGGCGCCGUCCGCGGCGGCCCUCGCCGACUCCGGACGCCGCGUCGUCCACCGCGUCCUGGCCGAUCGAGCGGCCUCCGGGGGGCCACGCGUCCUCUUCGGCGGCGGCAUCUGGUCCGACGCCUCGUGCGGCGCGCUCAGGACGGCGUUCCGGGACGUGGCGGUUCAGUCCUACAAGUCCGAGGCCCGCACCAUGAGCUUCGCCAACGAGCCCGAAGAAGUAGCCAACGCAAUCAACGGCUGGGUGAAGAAGGCCACGAACAACAUCAUCGACUCCAUGAUCUCCCCCAAGGACAUCACCGGCGGCACCGUCCUCGUGCUCGCCAAUGCAGUUUACUUCAAGGCCAAAUGGGAGAUUCCGUUCGAAUCGAGCCUUACAUCGUCUGGCUCGUUCCACCGGCUCGACGGCAGCCGUGUCGACGCGCAGUUCAUGUCCGGGACCAUGUACGCCGCGCAGUACGCGUCGUGCUCGGACGGCUUCAAGAUCCUCCAGCUCCCCUACGAGCACGGCCGAGAUUUCGGCAUACGGCGUGGCCGUGGGGACGCAGCUGGCGCGGACGACACGCGCUACUCCAUGUACCUCUUCCUCCCGGACGAGCGCCAGGGGAUCGCCAGCAUGCUGGACGCGGUCACCGCGGGGCCAGACUACCUGUACGCUGUCCUGAACAAGACGGCGGCUAACACCGUCAGGGUUACGCUGCCAAAGUUCGCGAUAAGCUUCAACCGGAACCUCGUCGACGACCUCCGUCUGAUGGGGCUCUCACUGCCGUUCUCGUCGGAGUCAGCCGACUUGCGAGGCAUCUUCGACAAGGAAUGGCAGGCAUUCAUUGGCAAGGUUCUGCACAAAGCGGUCGUCAAGGUGAGCGAAGAAGGGACGGAGGCGGCCGCGGUCACGAUGAUUAUGAUGGAUGGAGUUGUAAGGGAGCAACCGGUCGACUUCGUCGCUGACCAUCCCUUCAGUUUCUUCAUCAUGGAGGAGCGGUCAGGGGUGAUCGUCUUUGCUGGCCAUGUCCUUGAUCCCACCACGAACUGAUAAGCAUCCACUUGUAGAAACUUCAGGCACUAGCUAUUUGCUGAUAUUCUACCAUCUUCUUGUGCUAGCUUGUCCUUGAUCCCACCAACUGAUAAGCAUCGAGUUAAGGAAACUUCAGGCAUUGCCUAUUUGCUGAUAUUCUACCAUCUUCUUGUGCUAGCUAGCUGCUUAAUUAUCAGCUUCAUGUACUGUGUGAACCAACCAUGACAUCAUAUAUUGUUGGAUGUAUAUCUCUUAACGAAUACUACUGCAUUUCAGCUUCAUGUAUUAAUUGUCGAUAGCUCUAAA